UCGAGUCCACCCUGUGCCCGAUGCCCACCUUGUCAGAAGGAGCCCGGAGCCCCGAGUGCCACGGCCGGGCUUUCCCGGAGCACCCCGGGCUCGGCGACUCCGCCAGCUCCCUGCGCAGCCCCUGCCCGUGUCUGAUGGGCUGAAAACUCGGUCGUGCGACUGAAGGUUAAAGGAUGUUUGUCUCUGUUUGCUGGUACAAAAUCGAUGUUUCUGGAGCACCUGGGCGGGAUUUGAAGAUGUCUAAAAAGAAACUGAAAAAAUUAACUGAAAAGGAAGACUCUUUGGAUGGCCGGGAUGACAAAACCUCUGAGGACACAAGAUCUUAUAAGCACACUAUGAAAGGAGAGACAGAACUCCAGAGAUCCAGACCAGAGAAAGAUGGGCAAGAGAAGAAGCGACACCGAGGUUCUAGUGUUUCUCAUGAUGCUGAGGAGAGAUCCCAAGGAAAAUCUCCAAAUAGAAGCAAAACCCCAGACAAUUCUUCAGUUAGACCUGAAAAGCAAAAGAAAGUCAUUAUCCAAUUUAAACCCAAAGAAAUUAAGCACGGAAAAAGCACCCGCACUCCUGACGCAGUGACUGCGAGCAAGGAACGAAGUCGCUUGGAGGGAACAGAGAAAAGGCUCUGGUACACCUUUGAACUUCAGAGGGAGAAGGCCCUGAAGAAAAAGAGAGAGAAGGCUGAACUCUGCAAGCUCAAGUUAAAAGCAGAACAAGCCAUGAUAGAGAAGUUUAAGUCGUCUGUGUCCGAUGUGCCACGGAAAAGGGCGGACGGCUCGAAGAAGCGCAGUGAAGAUGGCAGAAUCCCAAAGAAGCCACCCAGCACCUCUGUGAGGACUGUGUGUGGUGGCAGACCUGUCACUAAGGAGUCGGAUGUACUAUCUGGCCUUUGGGAAGAGGAGGAGGAGGAGGAGGAAGAAGAAUAUAAGGAGUUUCCUGUGAAAAAGAGGCACGUGAGUAAACACAGAGCAACAGACUCUUCAGCCGAGACACCGCCACGAUGGGACCCCCGUAAGCGCAGAAAGCACGAUGCUGGUUCUCCUGAACCUUCUGGACCUUCAGGGACUGAAGAAAGGGACUUUGAAGCCACAGAAAUAUGUUUUAAGCAGAAUUUGGGGAGCCUGUGCACGUCUGAGUCCUACCAGGAAGGUGAGGUCAGAAAGCCUGUGCCUGUCCAGCAGAACUUUGAAGACUUUCCAGCCCUUCAAGACAAUCAGAACCCAGAAACAGACCAAGAGAUGCAGAUAGCUGAAGACUUGCACGUUGCCCGUGUGGAGAAGAGGAUGGCACUGUCUGUAGUCCAGGCUUGUGGAGAGCUCACAAGCAUGGACAUUGAUCUUCCAGAGCAGGAUUUAAAUGUUUCUGCUGAGGCUUUUACUUCUGGUCUGAACAUUCUGGUGGUGAUUGACACAAACAUCAUGAUUAGUCACCUUGAGUUUGUCAGAUCCCUGAAGUCUGAGGAUAUACCAGGUGUUGACAGACUUGCUUUAAUAAUUCCCUGGGUCGUCCUACAAGAGCUGGACAACUUGAAGAAGGGGAAGAUGUUGCAGCAUGUCCGGGACAAAGCUAUCCCUGCAGUCCAGUUCAUCUACAAGUGUCUCAAAAACCAGGAUUCCAGGCUGUGGGGACAGUCCAUGCAGCUGGCUUCUCAAAAAAUAUAUGGGCUGAGUGAUGAGAACAACGACGACCGUGUCCUGCAGUGCUGCCUCCAGUACCAGAGCCUCUUCCCUCAGGCUGUUGUCAUCCUCUGCACGGAUGAUAAAAAUUUAUGUAAUAAAGCCAUUGUGAGUGAGGUCAAGGCAUUCUGCAAAGCUGAUUUGGUCACUGCUCUGCAGAAUGUGAACGUGAACAGGCCCCAGAGCUGUGGGGAACAGCAGCCAAAACGUGAUACAGAAUUUGAGAAGACACAAGGAGGUGAUGCUGGGUUUGCUGCUCAAUUCCCAAAUGUGCUUCCAGACCUUGAGAAGAACUUAGGAGAAGCUUUGUCCUGUAUUUUGGAGACUGAAAUGAAACUUGCAUUCGGAAACCUGUGGAUGGAGAUCCUGUAUCUGAAGCCACCAUGGACAUUAGUAAACCUGCUGAAGUGUUAUAAAAAACACUGGAUGGCUGUUUUUGGUUAUGUGGUGCCAAGGAGUUUACUUUCAACUGUUGAGUGUCUCUCUAAACACCUUUGUACAGGUAAAAAUCCUGGAGAAUGGGAGAGCUGUGUAACAAUGAAACCUGAAGUGCACAGGAUGAUUCCUUGGAAUGGAGAGUGUUCCUGGAGGUUUCCCUUUGGAAAGGAUGUGCAGGUUUGCAAACCCUUUUUACACUUGCUUGAAAAAAACCCCAAACUUUUAUCUUUCAGAAUUUUGAGCCCAACAAGCAGUUUCCAAGAUAUUUGGACCCUCUAUAACUUCCUCAGAAGACACGAGGUGAAUAACAGUCUGAAAUUCACUGCUGAGGAGCUUUAUGGGUGUGUUUCCCAGGAGUUGUACAGGGAAAGGCUGGAAGUUGGUUGCUGCCAGCUGGCACAGCUGGAGCAGACCCUGGAGCAGUGCCAGGUGUCGGCGCACAGGGAGGCCGAGAGCAGGGGCUGGCUGUGACUCCCUGGGCUGGGACAUCCCUGGGCUUGGACACCCCCUGGGCUGGGACAUUCCCCGGGCUGUGACAUCCCAGGGUUGUGACCCGGAGCUGGGGGGCUCAGCCCUGCCUUGGCCUGGCCCAGGUGAACCCUGACUCCCCAGGGGAGGAGAGGGAGGUGCUGGAGGAGCCAAAAACCCGCCUUCUUUGUUCUCAACGGUGCUGGUUUGUGCUGGAGUUGAAGGAAAAAGAACCUGGUUACCUGUGGACAUUAAAUGUCGAAUUUCUGCUGAAAUGAAAUGCUCUGUCUCGAAGGAGGGUCCCAGCUGGAUAUCGUUGGAUACCCAGGAAAACCACGGCUGGGCUGCUCUGAGUGCUGUUAAUGAGCCCAUGUUUGUUUUGCUGGUACUUUAGAAGUGACGGGAGAUAAGAGUCUGUUGUGUCCCUUGGGGGGCUCUGGAGGAUGGAAAGGGGCUGAGGACAAGGCUGGGAAUGAAGGACUGAGGAGGGACAACGGGGACAGAUGGAUGCUCAUUGUUUUUAAAGACAGAGCAGAACCCCCUCCCUGCUGCAGGUGUGUUUGUCCUGGAGCCCUUCACAGAGGAAAGGGAUGUUUUUCCUUUGUUAAAAUGCCUGCUUAACCUUCAUACAGUGGAAACCUGCUGGCAGUGCUCUUUGGGAAACUCCUCAUCCUUCUCUUGCCACCUCCUCCUGCCAAGGUGGGACUGGUCACCCUGCUCUGCAGGUGCCACCUCUCACUGCACUGCUGGUUGCUUUCCAGAACUGCUUUAAGCCCGUGAAAGUUUCCAAAAGCCAUUUUCCAAGGCCUUUCUAACGCUACCUCUUCUGUGUGUGCAUUUGUACAGAGACAAGAGACAACUGGCAAAGUUCUAAAGGGUCUAUUUUGAUAUUAACUUCUGGAUGUAUUUGUAAAACCUCGAUUAUACAGAUGUAAUUUAUUGUUAAAAUAAACAGUGGUUAAUUCUUGA